UUUUUUCGAAUGAGCAGACGACCUCAACAACAGCAAAGUCGGCAGCAACUCUCUGACGAUCCUGUUCGCGACGUUCUACAUCAUCAGUCCCAGCUACGGCAACCACCACAGUCACAACACCAACAGCCUCAACAACACCAGCAGCCUCAACAGCCUCAACAGUAUCAACAGCAUCAGCUGUACCCAAGGAACCAACAGUACCAAGAGCAACUGCAUCGAAAGCAGCAGUUUUCUACUUUGGAGCUUCUUCGGCUGCAGGCCCUGAGUCAGGUAAAUAAAACACGCGACACCUUUUCUCUUGUCAGACUGUAGCCUCGUUGCAGAUGGUGACAAGCGUCUCUUUUCUAGCAUUGCGAUAAUCCCUUGUUCCCCACCCAUUCAGCGCCAGGCACACGCUAUGGACCUUUGCAAACGACCGCUGCCUCCCUUGGUAUUGCGUCAAACACGGGACCCCUGGAUGUUUCUCAAUUGACGUAUCCUUCGCAGCCUCAAGACCAUAUGUCAUCACCGGUCUCUGUUGCCUCAUCACUACGUUCUCCUCUGCUUUCGGCAGCAUUCCCUUCCCCGACUUUAACUGCCAGCAGCGUAUCCUCCAAUUCCCCCGCAGUCCCAAAAAAACUGCCUCGACGGCCUUCCGCGCCUACUCAGUCAGAGGCGAAGGGGAGGUCGAAAGGACAUGUUUUCACAAUGGAUCAGGAGACGUAUAUCGCAGAGCUGCUUGCGGACCCAGAGACUUGGUCUUUUUUGGACGGUCCAAGUGACAGAAACAGCUACCACAUGCCUAAGACCGAGGUUCGUGAAGGCAUUGCUAAGAAGGUCAAUCUCAAGUUUUCCACGGAGGAGAAGCCGGUAACCCUUGAUGGCUUUCAGAUCAAGAACAAGAUCGAUAACAUGAAGAAAGUCUGGAAGAGGGCUAACCUGGCUCUCAACAAGACCGGCAAUGGAGACCUGCCCAACAAGUCAUUGAAGGAGAAGGUCAUCCAAAUUUGUCACUUCUACUACAUCUUGGUCGAGGUCUGGUCUGCGUCUUGGUCCUUGAACCCAAGGGAGCCCUAUCAGCUUACCGGCAACCUCAACCGACCUAUUCCGGACGACAACGACAUCACUAGCGACGAGAGCGACGGGCAAGGCACUGGAGCUGGACCGCCGGACUCUCCCAAUAGACUCCCAGAAACCAGCGCUGUACGCGGACACCGGAGCUCAACGACACCGGCCAAGACAUCCAACAAGCGUGGAAAUGAAGGGUCGGAUUACGUCGCCAUGCUCAAGAACUUAUCUGACAUAUCUGAAACAGCGCACGAGCUCAAACGACAGAAACUGGCUAUCGAGGAGAGGGCAAUCGAGGAUAAUCGCCGGUAUCAAGAAGCGCAGAUACGAUUCAUCGAGAUGCAGACCUUGAAGCUGAAGUCCGAAAUGGAGGCUGAAAGGAUGAAGUUGGAGAUCGAAAAAAUUAAGGCAGCCGCAGAGAUGAAGAGAGCAGAGGCGGAAUUGGCGAAAGCGCAGUACACGGGAGUAACGCAACAGAGAUCUUCACAAAGUCCACAGAGAUGUAGUCCUAGCCCGCAGAGAAGUCCUGGCGGUGGAAGUUCAUCCAAGUAUCAUCACUAAAGAACUGCUAUAUUUUUUAUUACUCAUCGUCUUCUUUGUAAAACUGCGGCCAUGAUAGUGAUUCGUUUGUUUAAUGCCUCCUCACGCAUCUGUCUCUGUUGAGCAGGAGUCAACUCAUCGUCGUUAUCGUCGUCACUACCACCCUCGCUACCACUGUCAUUUUCUGCAAUCGUGCCCCUCGCCCUCCUUUCCUCGACCUCCUCUUGUAUCCAUCGCUCAGUCUCUUUUUCAUACGGAUUGUGAAUCCCACUCGUCAAAAGAAUAUUGUGCAGGACAACGCAAGCCGCUACAUGCCUACUUGCCUCAAAGACGCUCUGGUUGCUGUUGAUAUGGAUUCUAAGGCAGCGGAGGGAUUUGAAUCGUCCUUUGAGUAGACCAAAGCCAUGCUCCACUUUCGUCCGGGUUCCACUGAGUUUUUUGUUGAAUUUGAUCUUGUUGGGCGUGUGAUAUUCUCUAGGAGUUAACUUACUAAUUAAACAAUCGGACUGAAGU